AUGUCCAAGGCUACUCCAUUUUUUAAGACGUGGUGGAAUUGCUAUGUCCCGAGCCAAUUUGACAUUGACCUAUCCACUAUAGAUAUUCUGGGUUGCAUUCCUCAUUCCCCUAGGCCAUCAAGCUCAAGGACUUGCUCUAUACAAAAUUAUUCUUCCUUUUCUUCAUGUCGACAGCCAUAUAGAAAGAGUCCUCUAGGGACCAUAGGCGAUGAUCAAGACAAAGAAGCACUUCUUCCUCUUAGUGUACGUCCUCGCAAUGAGAAUCCUUCAACUCUUGUCUCUACAUCUGAUGACCCUUCUUCGGAAGGCAUCUUUGAUGGUUUGGUGGCCCAAGGGCCAACCAAUGAUCCCAUUCCAAUGGCCCAAAUUAUGGUUGUUGCACCCUUGGCCUCCUUUACCAUUCCAAAUGAGAUGGAGAUAGAGCCACCAAGUACGGAAGUGGUUGUUGAUGCUAUAGAAGUCCAACCAAUGCUUCCUAUCGUCCUAGCAGGCCCUUAG